UACAUUAAAGGUCUAAGCCAAUGGAACUUUGAUGUUACUUAAGCUGAGAGAUACAAAAGACAAGUAGAAGUUUUGAAUAGGAAAUUAGUACCAGAAUUGAGAAUUGUUUGGAAGACAUGCGAAUUGGGGAAUCACCAGCUGAUAUUUAAAGCCAUAAAAAUGAAUGGUAGCCCUUCAUAAAUGGACAGAAAAGGAAGAGACUGUCCACCGUUAAUCCCAGCACCCAGGGGGCAGAGGAGGCGGAUCUCUGAGUUCCAGACAAAAGGGUCGAUCAGCCGCAUGAACCAGUGAAUCUAAGAAGAAGACACCCCCAAAGUGAAGUACCAAGCAGAGAUCCUGUAACUGGAAGUCAGCUGUAUCAGAUGCGUUGGUUGGUGAAGAUCAUCCCUCAGUGGCCUGCAGCAUCAGCUUCAUUACACUUAGUGCUGAGAGCUUGGACAUCAAUGCAAGCCUGAAGAAAAAGUAAUUGCUUCAUUUUAAGCCAUGGCAUAUCAGUUAUACAGAAAUACAACUUUGGGAAACAGUCUUCAAGAGAGCCUUGAUGAGCUCAUACAGUCUCAACAGAUCACCCCCCAGCUUGCCCUUCAAGUUCUACUUCAGUUUGAUAAAGCUAUAAAUUCAGCAUUGGCUCAGAGAGUCAGGAACAGAGUCAAUUUCAGGGGCUCUCUAAAUACAUACAGAUUCUGCGAUAAUGUUUGGACUUUUGUAUUGAAUGAUGUUGAAUUCAGAGAGGUGACAGAACUUAUUAAAGUGGAUAAAGUGAAAAUUGUAGCCUGUGAUGGUAAAAAUACUGGCUCCAAUACUACGGAAUGAGUAAGAAAUGCGGCUUUUUUAUGCCACCUUCUGUUAUUUUCAUCGCUUUUUGAAGACAAACAUAGAAGAGACUUUUUUUUAAUUUAUUCUCACGGUGCAGAAAUGACAACACUGUGCUAUACUACCCAAGGGUUCCACAGAGAGAAGCAUGUGGCUCUGUUCUCUUACAUGACCUUUAGUACACAGCAUAAAUGGAACUUUUUUAAAUGACAAAUCAAAAGUGGUUGCCUUCACAAGAAUAUUCUUCAAUAAACUUGUUUUAAAACUU